AUGACCAUGUCAUCAACCAGAGGACUUCCGCCUUCCGCUCGGGGCAUGACAAACAUUGCCAAUGCCGGAGUCACGGACAUGGAGGACGACUUGGAUGAUUGCACGUUUUACGAUCCCGUGACCAAUCCGAGUGGCUUGAUCAUGGCCUCGGGCGCCUCCAACGACUUGAUGGAUGACUGGCUCGAAACAUACUCUGAGAAAUUUGGUCGCACUUUUAAGCUGAGCGAAUCACUGGCAUACGGCGGUGUCAUUGGACCCGAGAAACUCGCCAAGGCCGUUGCUCACUAUGUCAACCGAAAGUUUGCUCCGUCCACCUUGAUUAGCGCAGAGCAUAUACUCCCGACAAAUGGUGUUUCCUCUCUGCUCGACAUGGUGGCAUUCAACGUGUGUGACCAAGGAGAGGGAAUCAUGUUCACAACACCAACGUAUUCCAUGUUUGGACAUGACCUUUACGCAAAGGCUGGCACGGCUCUCAUACCCGUCGCCACAGAUCACAUUACGGAUCAAUUUUCAGCUUCAUGUGCUGCAACUUUACUAGCGACAUUUGAGCGUGUAUACCGCAAAGCCACAAGCGCUGGUACCAAGAUUAAAGCCGUGCUACUCUGUAACCCAUCCAACCCCGUUGGGAGAUUCUACUCAAAAGAGACGCUGCUUGCCAUUGCUGGCUUCUGCGGCCGCCGGAAGUUGCACCUGGUGUCCGACGAGAUCUACGCCAUGUCUGGAUUCGCAUCAAUCUCUGGACAACCAGCUCUGGACGGCUUCACUUCCGUUCUCAGCCUCAAGGAUGACCCAAAGAACUUUAUCUGUACGGAGAAUAUACAUGCCUUGUAUGGCUCUAGUAAAGAUUUUGCCAUGGGAGGAUUGCGACUCGGAUUCUUGAUUACGCGAAACACCCGUCUCUGGAAAGCCUGCAGGCGUUGUGCCGUCUUCACCUGGGUCUCCCCCUUCUCUACCGAGUUCUUUACCAACUUCAUUGGCAAUGAUGCGGUCGUGGACAGCUAUCUCCAAACUUACCAAACUCGCCUUCGAGAGAAGUAUCUGGCGGUCGCCGAGGGCCUGAAAUCACACAACAUACCAUUUGACCCGGCUAAUGCCUGUCUAUUUGUGUGGUUGGACUUGAGUCACUGGCUCAAGUACUUUGAUGGCCCAGACCGCCCUGGAAUCGUCACCAAGUCGAUCAAGACCCAAGAACAAGAAGAAAUCACUCGAGAGAGGCAUCUAGGUAGACACCUUAUCCAGCACGGUGUCUAUCUCAGUGCCGGUGAGCUCUCAGCAUCUCCCACCCCUGGCCGAUUUCGCUUUGUCUACACGAGCCAAGGCGACCAGGCUAUGAUUGUGGUUGAGCGCAUCCGCGAGGCUUUGAAUGACCUUGAACGGUCAUCAGCAAAGUACAGACAUGAGAAUGCCGUCAAUGAGGGCAUGCAUAGUGACGAAGAUUCAAUCUCGAAUGAAAAGUACCCAAGACAGCCGUCGCAGGGAAGCGGACGCGCGUCGUUGUCGAGAGCGAUCAGGGCUGCUCUCUGUUUCUGA